GAGAAUGGGGAUGUUCAGUGUGCAGACUUCCUAGCUGGAUGAUCAUUGUUGAUUGAAGUGCAAAGUACAAAGGUAAUUAGAGACCUGGCAUUGGUACAUCACGACAGCAGCAGGGUUACCAUGGAGACUGGCAAGCCAGGAUUGGCGAGUGCUCCAGUGCACAUCAGCUCCGUCGCAGCGCAGACAGAGAAAAGGAUGGACAUCCAGGCCCCGCUGACGGCUGUUUACAUCCACACAGUGCCUGCUGUACCAGCACAGCCUUACCCCCCGCCUCCUGCAGCUGCCCGGGAGCCAGCCACACUCCAUCUGGCCAUGCCGCCGCUUUACUCCAAGGAGACGCUUCCCUUUCUCACACUCCAUAUUGCUGGUGGACUGCAGUCUCAGCCGGGAUUGAGUCUGGCAGCUGCUGCUCCUGCAGCCAGACCCAAGUCUGCAGGAAAGCAUGUGUGUCCUCACUGUGGACGGGACUGUAUGAAGCCCAGUGUGCUGGAGAAACAUCUCCGCUGCCACACCGGGGAGCGGCCUUACCCCUGCACCACUUGUGGAGUUUCUUUCAAGACUCAGAGCAACCUCUACAAACAUAAGCGUACUCAGGCUCAUGCACGUCUCUCGUCUGAAUCAGAGCAGAGCAGCAUGAGCAGCAUAGAUAGCAUGUCCAACUCCAGAGAGACUUGUACCUCCAGUUUGUCUCUGGAUGAGCGCAGCAACGAGUCGGGCACCAUGGAGAAGGAUGCCACACUGCAUGCUGCUGAGAUCACCUGUCCAGCCAGUACAAAGGUCUACUCUGUAAAGACUCAGGGCUCUGUCUGUGAACAGAAUCUGUUGACCCCUGCAGGUCAGAAGACAGAAGCAAGUCAAAGUGCAAAGGUAACAAUAGAAGAAGAAAAACAGAGGAUGGAAACUGAAAAACUGCCUCUGACUGCCAGUCGACAUCUUCCUCUUCAGAGACAAGAAGCCACUCGGUUCUCCAAGCAGUGGGAAAGUUCUGUAUCCAGAGGGAAAUCACAGAGCCAUGAGAGCACAGACUCAGGCUUUGGUGAGAGCAGUGACCACUACCCGAGCCCUGGCAGUGUUUUACCUGAGCACAGUAUGGAUUCUCUCACUGAAUCCACUAAAGAGCACCUUGAAGAAACCACCAGCAUACAAACACUUCCAAGACCGGACCAGGGGGGGCAGGAACCCAAAUACACUGCAAGGGAGCAGGAGCAGAAGACACUGGAGGAGCGCAUCUCAAAGCUGAUUUCAGAGAAUACAGCUGUUGUGGAGGAUAAACAGCUUGAGAAUGUAAGGCCGCGGAAGACAGUUCUGUCAAAGCAGGGUAGCAUUGACCUCCCCAUGCCGUACACGUACAAGGACUCCUUUCACUUCGAUAUGAGGAUCAGUAAGGCUCCCAAUGUUGGGCUACAAAGAAACAAGAAUCCGGACUUCUACAGCUCUGUGCCGACUCAGCGAUCCAUCACCAUGGAGCAUGCACCCCUCACCCGCAGCAACUCCCUCCCAUUCAGCGUUACCCUCCUGCAGCCUGAGAGGAGCAGCCCAGCCUCCUCCCAUCACAGUGAUUAUGUAACACUUGCCCGGAGGGGAAGCUCUGGCCAGAUCAAUCCAACAGGUUUCACAAUCAAGCCUGUGAACCAGCAUUCAUCCACCCACCGCCCACUGGUCCGGCAGACAGCCGUAGACGGCAACCACGCAACAGACGGUCUUUUCAUGAAUUCAUCUGUGGAGGAGGCAUGCACCGGCAGUCUCAGCUGCGAUGGGGAUGGCGGUGACAUUUGUGGAGAGCCAAGCGUCAGAAAGUUCCGGAGGAAGAAGGCACAGAAGUUUGCUUACAACAAGUGGUACAUGUAUGGUGGAGGGACGUUUAAGAAGCUCUACAAUGCUGAAAAAGGCGACGACUGUGCUAUUAAAGGCAGGAAGUGUCUGGCAAACCCAGAGCAUGAGGUCGCAGACCUUCAGAUCUGCCUCCAGAUCAUAUCUGAUGAGCAGCUGGCUCUCAUUGAACCCCAAAUCGAGAGGCAAGCCGUCUCACAGAGACGUGAUGUGGACGCAGUGAUCCAGAACAAAGAUCAAAGCUCUUGCACCAUGGAAAGUAGCAAAGAUGGAAAGGACCAUCAACAGGCGUUGGAGCAAAGGUUUAUGGAAGGAGCCUGCCUGCUGAAGGAGCCACAGACACUGGGACAGGGAGAGACUGCUGGGCAGCCAGACAGCACAGACUGGAGGCCAAGGCAAAGCCAUGAGGCUGGAAAGAUUAACCUCCAAUGGAUGGAGGGGCGAGGUGAUAGAGGGGAGGAUAAGAACAGAGGGAUGGAGACAGAUGAGUUGCCGGGACAGUGGGACAAGGUCCAGUCUGACUGCACAUCUUUAUCAGAUCGGACGAAGCCAGAGGGACAGGACAGAACGGUCAAGGUGGAUUCCUACAAAAACUCUUGGCUAACUGAGCAGCAUGCUCAGCAUCUUUCCCAGACACACUCAGGAAUGUCUGAAUACCCUCCACAGAGUCAUCAGCAAGCUCCAAGCAAGUCAAACAUCCUGAAUUCAUCUGGCAGCAGCUGUCAGAGCAGCCUCUUCACUUCUCCACAGCCCACAUUGGAAAUGAACAGCUUCUGUUUCUCACAACAACACUGGGAAAGCAGCAUCAUCCAUAACCCACAAACACAAAUCUUAUGUGAAGCAGAUUCAUGUCAACAUAUCACCACACAGGCCCAAUUAACAGACACACAAAAUGCUUUUUCACAAGUUCAGUCAAGCACUCAGCAAACACAAUCGUAUUCACACCAGGACCAAAAGCAGAUCAGCAUCACUCCGGUUGCAGGUAACAGCACCACGACUCUUAGCUGCUGUGCUACGUUAGCAGGUCACACAAGUGUCUCCCAUGAUGUCAACACAGCACCCUCCACUCAGCCCAGCCAACUCUCUUCUUCUGGACCAGUCAGUAGAGCUGCUGCUGCUGGAGUGUCAGGGAGAACUCAGACGUCCAACAACAAUGUGCUGGAAAAUAAUACUGUGCUGCCAUCAGAGCCUUUUACAUACCCAGAGCCUGAUGAUUAUCAAGACACCAAGGACAACGCACCAAAUGACUACACGAGUCAGAGCAGCACGUCCGGGAGACCUGACAUUACCAACAAUUACCACCAGUGUUUCUUCUUGUCUGGUCAGCUUCAUGGCUACCAGCCAGCCGAGGGUCCCAACAGUGGAGUGAGGCCUGUGCAAAGCUGUCAGGACUACACAGACGACACCAGCAGUAGUGAUGAUGAAGGAAAGCUUAUCAUUGAGCUUUAGGGGAACAUGCUCAUAUGGGGAGCGUGUCUAUGUUCCCCGGGUCCAAUGUUCCCCUGUCUCAUACAAAGAGGAUUAGAAAGCUAAUGUUAGCUAUAUGUCAGCAAGCUAAGGGUCUAUGUUCCCCUCUUUGUAUGAGACUGGGGGACAAAGGACCCCUUUUCCAUGCUUUUCCCAAAAAGGGUCCUAUGUUCCUCGGUCUGUUACUUUUUCCACCAUUACUGCCAAAUUCCAUGGUAAAUAGGCCUAUGUAGGCCUACGGGCUGUUUGACGCACAUAUGCAAAUAGGUCUAGACGAGGAAAGAUUAGAUCAGGGGUGGCAAACCUGCAGGUCUCGAGCUAACCCUAACCCUAAUCCGGCAACAGUGGGGAACAUGGGACCCUUUUUCAGAAAAAGGGUCCCAUGUUCCCCGGUAUGUAUUGCUACAGGG